AUGGAUCUUUUCAAUCCAGCUCUUGAGGAAAACAUCACCUUUGUCCGUCCUGCGUAUUUUAUUAUAGCAGGUUUUAUUGGCAUUCCUAAUGUGAACUUCUACUUUGUCUUUCUGUUGUGUGUUUAUGUUCUUUCAGUGGUAGGAAAUGGAACUGUGCUGACUCUCAUAAUUAUGGAUCAUACUCUGAAAGGUCCGAAAUAUGUUGCAGUUUUCGUCUCUGUUGGCUUCACCACGAGAUUGUCAUUCUGUAAGUCUGUGGUUAUUAACAGCUACUUCUGUGACCAUGGCCCUGUGUACAGACUUGGCUGUAAUGAUGUUUCCCCCAGCUUUGCACUUGGUAUUUUGUUAACAGUUAUCAUGCUUUGGAUUCCUCUAGCAUUUAUCCUAGCAACUUACUGCUGUAUUGUUUAUGCUUUAUCAAAAAUUUCAACAGCGCAGGAACGAAGAAAGGCUUUUAAGACUUGCACAGGACAUCUUUCAUUAGUGACCAUUUAUUUUCUCCCCAUUACUCUUGUUUUUGGAAUCGGAAGCAAAAUGCAUCCUAAUGCCAGGAUCAUAAACUUGUCGCUGACUACUAUAAUUCCACCAAUGCUGAAUCCCAUCAUUUAUGUUUUUCAGACACAGGAAAUAAAACAAGCUUUGAACAAGUUCAUAAAGAAAACAAGGCGGUAA